UUGCUUUCGGUUUCACACAAAUCGUUAAUCAUCACGACGGUUUGAGCACUUUUCGAGGCACGGCGGCGUGUGAGUGUGUGCGUGAGCGGCUUGAGAAAGCGAACGAGUGCGCGCAACGUCAAAAAGCGACUCGAUGCUUAUUAGCAACAGUUAAAAUAAAAUUAACUUUAGUUGCGUACACCGUCUUGCCAAGGUAGCAAGCCAAUAAUAGUGGUAUCACGGCGUUGAAAUAUCGUGUUCAAAACCUUUAAAUCCGAAUGUCCAACUAAGAAAGAAGAAGAAGUAUUAUACUCUUGUCUGCCCGUUGCAUUUAGAGAAAGAAAAUUUAUCGUGUGAAUUAUCGUAUUCCGUGUGUAUUUUUGUGUAUAGCCCAACAGUUCAGUGGUUUUUUGUCUCGCAUAUUCGAAAUACAACCGAAAAAAAUCGUAUUUUGUCAUCGGAGAUUUAAACUUGUCCAGAAAAAACGGUUACCAAGAAAAAUACACACCAUCGAUUCGAAUCCAUUAAUCCCAGAAGAUACAGUUAGUUCUGUGCGUUGUGAAGAGACUAAACAAAGUGUUUUUUUUUGCUCGUGUGUGAUAAAAAUAACACCGAAAUUUGGAAAAGCGGCUGUCGCAUAUCAUUUCCACUUGCACACAAAAAAUAACGCAUUUUUAUUUUCGGACCAACGAUCACUUCAUAUUUUCCACUCUUCGGUCGGAGAACAAGAACAAGUAAGAACAUUCGGUUGAGAAAUUGACACGAUUCGAAUUUUUCGUUUGUGUGAACAAAACGAAAAAUAAGCCCAAAAACCAGCAAAAUAACUUGAAGCAUUUGCAUUGUGUGUACAAAUGAACAAAGUGUUUUCUGAUUAAAAUCUAGUUCUGUUUCUGGUGGAUUUUUGUUUCCUCGAGUUCAUAAAAAUCCGUACAGAUUGUGUAUGUGUGUGGUGAACGUAGAAAUAAAAACUUAAAGUACGAAGAUCGUGAGCGUGUAUCUUGUGAACGGACAGAGAGCGCAUGCACUCUGACGAGAAUUUAUUAAUAAAAACGCAUUAAUAACCGGCCACGCAAAAUCUCUUUUAGCCGCGGCGCACCGACCAAAACCAUCGGCUCUCUUUCACAAUCGCAAUAGCAAGAGCACACACCGUAACCAGUUACAAUAAAUAAUUUUUGGAUCAAGUGUACGGCGAGCGACGACUCUCAUUCGCCGUGUUAUUUGUUUGGUGUUCGGUUCUGGAUGAUAAAUUGAAAUGUGCUACAUUCUAGCUAAAUAUAGAAGGCGAUACAGUUUCGAAUGCUAGUAACAUUUUUCACGUGAAAAGACCAAUUAAUCUCACUGACACACACCCCGUUUACACAUUAAGACACAAACAGAAAAUUGUUUUGCAUCUCAGAAAAAAAAAACAAAGUCCAAAGACACAAACAAACACAUACUCAAACACAUUUACACUCAGUGUCAGAAAUAAAAGACAAAUAAAAUAGCGAAAAUGGAAGCACCGACAUACGUGUCGCGUAGAGUAUCAAUGGACACAUUCCAUCGGAAUUUUUACCAAUCGGAUGUAAUGACACCGGAGGAAGCGCAACGUACACAAAAACCAUAUCGAUAUGGUAUGAUUCUGCUGUGCUUUGGGGCGCUCAUCAAUUGGAUUGGUUUGGCUGAAAACUAUACAGAUCCGUUUCGUUACGCUGGCGUGGCUUGCAUCAUUGGCGGUGCAUUUUUAAUUUGUACAGCGAUGUGCUGUUGGCUUCAUGUACCAAAUCGUAGUGCCGUUGGUGUGUCUGAGACCGACGAUAAUGAUGCCAUCCACGUGAUAUCGGUGGCUGAUCCGCCGACCGUUGAAAAGCCACCCGAGUACGAUUCAGUUGUGAUAUUGGAGCCACCGUGUUACGACGAUGCCAUUAAAUUGAAUCCAGCCAAUUUACUGCAAACCAAAUAUUACCAAGAUGUGUCAUUGCCAAAUUACGCCGAUUUGGAGAUUAGCCGAAACAUCAACGCAACAACGACCAGCAGCAGUAACGAUUCUGUUGCUAACAUCAGCCCAGAUCCGGGCAUUAGCCAACCAAAUGGUGUGAUUACAACGAGAAAUGGCACAGCGAAUAGUAGUAGUAAUAGCAUAAGUCAAACAAAUGAAAAUGUAUCAAAUAGCUGUAGCCCAUCAACAGUCAUCACAAUUGAGCAAACAGCAUCGGAUUUAGCGAAUGAGCAUAGUAUUACGCGAAAAUCGAGCGAUUGCGAUAGCGUAGCAAGUGAAUCAAGUGUACUGAGCUAGGUGUUUGGUGCAAAAGUUAGAAAUGUCUCCUAGUUUUUGCUGUAUUCAAUUGGAGUUAGCAAAUUAAUGCGAUGUUCGGUUUUGCAGCAAAAUUGUUGUCAUCACGAUUCAAAAUCCAUUGGGUCUUCCGAACGCCAACUCAUUCAGCAAAACGCUCAAUUAACCAAACUCUUUGUAUCGAACGUUUUGCCUCUUCCAAACCGAAAGAAAAAAAACGUUCACAAGUCUAGCUAAGAAAUAAGAAUGAAGUUGUGCUCUCUGGUCACGCUUCCAAUUUCAAUUACAACUACUCACCGGUAUACGAAAUCAUUUCUCGAAAAGUCUGAUCAAUUUUGAGAUUAUUCGUUUGUAAGGCAAAAAAAAACGAUGUUAGUAUUCAGCUAGGUAUUCAGUGUUUGUAAGUCGAUUAACGUCAAUGGUUAUAAUGAAAAAACAAAAAUUUGACGAGAACAAAAAACUCAUGAGCUGUAUUUAAAUUUGGAAGAGAAUUUAAUUUUUUUUGUUUUGUGUAUUGGCGUUCCAUGUGAAAUCAUUCACAUUAUUUCACUCCAAAUUGACGGUCAUUUUCAAUGCCAUUGUUUUGUGUGACCAAAACCGUAUUAAGAAUAUAAUGAGUAACUGUAGCCGCCACCGCACAACGUUUACAUGUGAUGAUUGUGAAAUUCAAAAACGAAAAAAAACGAAAAAAAACGAAAAAAAAAUCAUGCAGCAGUCGAAAUUCUAAAAUCGACCAUUUUUUCGUGCGUAAAAUUUUAAUUUUUUCAUUUAUGUGUUUACUCAAUAUUUUUGUGUUAAUUCUAGUCGUAAACAAUACUUAAUGAAAACUAUUUGCGCACAACGUCCUCUUGUGUGUGUGUGUGCUGAAAACGGCUGCAUUGGACAGCCACAUGAUGAGUUUAUGAGUUUAUCGACACCUCGCCCCCAUGCUACUUUAUUUCGUACAUUAAGACGCUUUGUACAUUUCAAAUCGUCGCCAAAUUUUUGGCAAUCAGAGCCUGACCAGAAGAAUUUCGUAUAAGAAUUUGUUUGUUCGGACGUUCGCUGUGUGUCGAUGAAUACGUGUGUGGACACAAGAAAGUGUAGAGAAAAUGCUAUGCACGGUCAAUAGUCAAGUGUGUGAUGGUUGUGUUUGCAUUCGGGUAUUUGCGCGAUUUUUGAAACGUGGCAAACAACCGUUGUCUGACAUUCUUUUUACGGCAUCUGCUCAUGUGUCCCAUUAAAUCCCAUGCUUUCCAAUUUUUUUUUCUUCCGAAAACAGUUUCAUUUAAUGUUUAGUUCAAUUUUUGAUUUUUCUUUCGACGAAUUUCAAUUCAAAUUAUAAAAAUUAUUUUAAAAUGCUUUCGUUUUUUCCCGUGUAGAACCGAAAUUUAGUAUUUAAAUCAAAAAUGUUCAAAAAUAACGACAAAUGCGAAGUAGUUCAAAAUUCAGCGAAAAGGUUUUCAUGCAAAUGAGCAAUUUUCUAAUAUUAUUCAACGAUAUUUUACUUUUUUUUUUCUUCGAAAUUCAAUGGCAUUCAUUUUCUCACAUUGUGGAAGCACAUAAAAUCGACGAUAAUACCACGAACUGCAUAAAAUUGUUGCGAAAGACAUGGAACAACAAAUCAGCGAUUACGCUUGAAAAACACAAACCGAGAAAAAUAAAUCCGUCGCCCAAUAAACCAUCGAGAAAGUAAAAGAGCUCGGUGCUCUGCUAACUCGCCAAUCUCUUGGCAAUCAUAAUAAUCAAUUACACGCUGAACUGCACAUCACACAAAAUUGCGCUCAAUUCACAAGAACAGAUUCACUUUCUGUGCGCGCCGAUCGUGAGUCGUGCCAGCGCUUGCGCUCGCUCGCUUUUCUUUAUAAAUUUGUGAUUUUUUGUUUUCUCAAUCACACAAGUCAUGCUAUUGUCACAAGUUUCGAGCUACUAUUUCGUUGAGUUUUUUUCUCUCUUCAUUCAAUUCAAUUAGAUUUAAUGAGAUUGAAAGGCAAACUGUUGCACGCAACGUGUGUUACGUAUAUAAAAAAAGAAACAUUGUAAAAAUAGAGAAAAAGACACACACAACAAUGAGAUGAAAAGCAAGCAGCAGCAACACAAAUACAUGUAUUUAUAUUAGUCAUUAAAUAGUUAGACGAGAAUUUAAUGAAUGAAGAGAAAAAGAGAUACAGAUAAAAUAGUGUAAGUGAGAGAACCAAAAUUCGAAGAAUGAAUGUUUGUGCCAAAUUGUGAUAAAUUUAUUAGGUUAAGUAUAAAAUUAGACUGUAACAAUAUUUACGGACGAGAGAAAACAAUCUAAUAAAAUUUAAAAAAAAAGCUAUA